AUGAUUACAGCAUGGGAAGUAUACUUUUUGACAGUAUCAACAUUGCUGCUUGCUUGUUGCGUGCAAAAUCUUCAGAGUCUGGAAGUAAUAUAUGCAAUAAAUGCUGGAGGAGAAGCACACACUGACAGUUAUGGAAUUCGCUAUGCUCGAGAUCCUUUAUAUGGUAAAGUUGGAACAGCAUCUGAUUAUGGCAAGCAGUUAAUUAUUGGACGUGUGAAUGCUAUCGAUCAAAUAUUGUAUCAGACUGAGCGAUAUCAUCAUAGCACUUUUGGCUAUGAUAUUCCAAUUAAUGAAGAUGGAGAUUAUGUUAUGAUAUUAAAGUUCUGUGAAGUUUAUUUCAACUCUCCUAACAUGAAGGUAUUUGAUGUGGUAUUGAAUGGAGAUCAUACUGUUGUUACUGACUUAGAUAUUUUUGAAAGAGUUGGUCGUGGUAUAGCACAUGAUGAAUAUGUUCCAUUUAAAGUACAAGCUGGAAAAUUAAUAUACAAUGAUGAAGAGUCUGACAUCCUAGCAGGAAAAAUCAGAGUGGAAUUUAUAAAAGGCUACAGAGAUAAUCCAAAAAUAAAUGCUAUUGCUGUUGUGAAAGGAAGUAUAGAAGAUAUACCACAGUUAGGUCCAAUUCCUCAAGAACCAGAAGAGUACCACAAUAUACAAGAAGACGAAGAAGAGUCUACAGUGCGUAGUCGACACACGAGUGGCCCUAGAACUCCGGAUCCUUAUUCGAUCGACGAUUCUUCAGUAAUGUUACCAGUUUUUGUAGCUAUUGGGGCAUUUAUUCCUUUACUAUUUUGCCUAUGUAAACUGUAGGCAAUGUAAUUCUGUGCACAUAAAUACCUUGUACUUAAGAAUAAUAGUGUUCUAAUCAUCUUAGGUGAAAAUUAGCGCAUGAGAAGCUACCUAUGUUGAUUCUGUACAUAGAAAGAACAUUUUUGUUUUUAAGCUGAGUCAUUGCACUUCAUUAAAGCUGUUUAUUAUUACUUUAACGAAAUAAACAUAUCUAUAUAUGUUUUUGUACAAUGAACUACUAAAGUUAAGGAUGAACUAGAGACUUAGAAGAGGUGGGGAUUUGUGCAGUCACGACUUUUGUUGCGAAUUUAAUGUGUUCAUUCACGAGUUAUUUAAUUGUUAACAAUAGGAUCAAGUUAGGAAUUAGCGCAAAGGUUUGCACAGAUCUUAGUCAUCUUUUCUUCUACAACUUGAUUCCAAGUAUUGUAAAUAUGUUGCAAGCACAUAUUUAUUAUGUUUAAAGAAAACUGGCAACUUCAUAGGAAAUUAUAUCGAAUUUUAACACUGGAACAACUAAAUCCGUCGAAACGACGUGAUUUCAGAUUUCUUAUAUUAAAUAACAAAAAUGAUUAAGGUGUUUUUUAAGAAGAGUAAUUAUGUAAUUCUAAUUUAUUUUCUAUCCUGUACGUCCAACUCCGGUUGUUCUAGUGUUAAGUGUUAUGUAAUUAUUUUGCCAUACGCACAUGUAAUAAUGUUAUAACUGAAUUUUAUAAUUUAAAAGCCCUAGAAAAUGUACGAAAUCACUAUCUUAAUUAUGUUAUCAAUCAUUUUUAUGUGAAAAGUUUAUAUAUCUUUAUAUUCAGUACAUUGUAAUUAGACGAAAAUGGGAAUGAAUCCAAUAGUCCGUCAGAUACCAAAGUGAUUUCAAUCUUUCGCAAAUAAGACCGAAGUAAAUCUGUUAUUAUUGUCCUA